AUGGCUACCUUAAACCACACUGGUAUUAGCCACACAGUCUUCUAUUUGCUGGGCAUCCCUGGGCUAGAGGAGCAGCACGUGUGGAUAUCCAUCCCCUUCUUCAUUUCCUAUGUCAUCGCCCUGCUUGGGAACAGCCUGCUCAUCGGCAUUAUUCUCACAAAGCGCAGCCUCCUUGAACCCAUGUACCUCUUCCUUUGCAUGCUGGCCGGAGCAGACAUUGUCCUCUCCACGUGCACAGUACCUCAGGCCUUGGCCAUCUUCUGGUUCCAUGCUGGGGAGAUCUCCCUGGAUCGCUGCAUCACUCAGGUAUUCUUUCUCACUUCCACUUUCGUCUGUGAGUCGGGAAUCUUGCUGGUGAUGGCAUUUGAUAGUUACAUUGCCAUAUGCUACCCACUGAGAUACAUCACUAUUCUUACACGUUCACUAAUUGGGAAAAUCGGUGUGACCAUCUUUCUGAGAAGUUAUGGUACAAUUUUCCCUACAAUAUUUCUUUUGAAAAGAUUAACUUUCUGUGGAAGUAACAUCCUCCCAAACACAGCGUGUAAGCAUAUUGUCUUGGCCCAUGCUUCCUGUAAUGACAUACGAGUAAACAUCUGGUAUGGGCUUUUUGUCCUAAUGUCAACAUUGGUCUUAGACAUCGUGCUAAUUUUUAUUUCAUAUGUGCUGAUUCUCCAUGCUGUCUUCCACAUCCCAUCUCGAGAUGCUCGCCACAAAGCUCUCAACACAUGUGGCUCCCAUGUCUUCAUCAUUUUCCUCUUUUAUGCACCUGGUAUCUUCUCUGUCCUCAUGCAGCGAUUUGGACGCCAUGUCUCACCCCACAUCCAUGUCCUGCUGGCCAAUGUCUAUAAUCUGGCUCCACCUAUGAUGAAUCCCAUCAUUUACGGAAUCAGGACUAAACAGAUCCGGGACCAGGCGGCUCAUGUGUUUAGAAUACAGAAAUAA